CGAAGCACCUUGUUCUUUUUCGCCUCUUGCAAAGGUGCUCUCCUUCCGUCUGAUCCCAGCCUCAUCCCAUCCAUCUGCCUUCAUUGCUGCACAUCCUCUGCACCCUCCAAGAAAAGAGAAGGAAAGGAAAGCCAGCCUUCCAAGAUUGGGGUGAAUGAAUGGAAGAUCCCCCUUCCUCUGCAGCCAGCUGGCCCAGGCCACCCUUGCCAGGCUUCGGGGUCUUCGCCUUCUCCUUCUUCGCUUCGGCAAGACGGUGGUCCCCUUGGCGCAUCCAGCACCGCAAGUGACCGGCCUCCCUUGCCAGGCGAUGGUUCCCGACUCUGGCUGAGCCCACCGCUGCCGGAAUAUGCAGCCCGGGGGCCUUCUUGGCAGCGGAAAGGCAGCGGACCGGGCCGAGGAGGAAGAAGAAGAAGAGGAGGAGGAGGAAGAAGAGGAGGAAGAGGAAGAGGAGGAAGAAGCCAGGGAGCCGAGCGCCAGGAGGGGCACGAGGGCCGGGGCCGGGAGGCAUGGUGACAACGUUCAAGGUGGCCGUCCUGGGUGCUCAAGGGGUCGGGAAGACGGCCAUCGUCCGGCAGUUCCUCUACAACGAGUUCAGCGAGGUCUGUGUGCCCACCAAGGCCAGGAGGGUCUUCCUGCCCGCCGUGGUCAUGAACGGCCACGUCCACGACCUGCAGAUCAUGGACUUUCCCCCCAUCACCGCCUUCCCCGUGAACACCCUCCAGGAGUGGGCAGACGUUUGCUGCAGAGGCCUCCGGAGCGUUCAUGCCUACAUCUUGGUUUAUGACAUCUGUUGUUUUGACAGCUUCGAGUAUGUCAAAACCAUUAGGCAGCAGAUCCUGGAGACAAGGGUCAUCGGCACCUCGGACGCCCCGAUCAUCAUCGUGGGGAACAAGCGGGACCUGCAGAAGAGCCGGGUCAUCCCUCGGUGGAACGUCUCCAACCUGGUGAAGAAGACCUGGAAGUGCGGCUACAUCGAGUGCUCGGCCAAGUACAACUGGCACAUCCUCUUGCUCUUCAGCGAACUCCUCAAGAGCGUGGGCUGCGCCCGGUGCAAACACGUCCACACCGCCAUCCGCUUCCAGGGCGCCCUGCGGAGGAACCGGUGCACCAUUAUGUGAGAGACUUUACGGACCACAGCAGCAGCAACAACAACAACGACCCCCUCCUCCUCCUCCGUUGUUGCCCCCUCUGCGUCUCUGAGGGGGUCUUUCCUCCACCCACAGCCCCCCACCCGAACCCCCACACCGUAGUGAAUGAGAGCCGUUCGGUUUGGAAGGGGGUAUGGUCAGGAGAACACAAGAGGUGCGCCCGGUCUUCGGAGAAAGUGGCCCCACGGAGUCCGCCAUUUUGUUUUGCUUGGUUGGUUGCUGCUUCCGCUUGAGAGGGGUGGAUGA